AUGGCGCCUCCAUUACAGACCACCAGAGCAGCGGCUCAGAUUGACUACGUAGACAGUGGCAUCAGGGAGAUGAGCGGAGUGCUCGAGCUGCAGGCGAUGCUGUUAUCAGAGCUCGCGCGACAAGAAAACGAAACGAAGGGGUUGUGUGAAAUCAAGCGCUCCUCGCAGAUUCGGGAUCUCGAGAGAUUCAAGGUCGACACAUUUGAAGCAGUUGUGGAAAUGUGGUUUAAGCACUGGAACGAGAUCAAGCUCCCCCAAAGUAUGAAGCAAGCGCGGGUCAGCGAAAUCGAAGAGGACAUUGAGAGGCAGAAAUCGAGCCAUUUCCGUGGAAGAGCAAAGGUGCCACUUGAGUUCCUCUACUUCCCGGAGGAGCACAGUCCCCGUGAUCUCAAUCGAGAGUCUGUAGAAAAAUUGAUGGGUAAAUACCGUGAUGAAGGAGUGAAGCGACUACAGCACGAUCAUCAGAUACCUGCAGUUAUCGGGAGCGACGAUCUCUCGAAAGCUGUCAGCCUUUCCGGUCUGUCGACUAUCCAACUUCUGAACAGCUCCCAGGACAAGCCGCCCCUCUUGACGUUUCCCAAAGGCUUCCGCCUUAUAUGCCUCCAUGGCAAGCACCGCCUCGAGGCUGCUAAGCUUUCGGGCUGUCUACAAGGCCAGGACAGGUGGUGGACAGUCACGCUGUACUCAGAAGGUCUGAGCACGCAGGCCAGAAGGUCGUUUGUCGAAGGCUACUCGAGCAAUCAAGAGUUCUCCGACGGGUUGAUAUUCCGCAAGCUAGUUGAGUACGAGACUGCAGACAACUACUCCAGGCAGCACUGGUGGUCAUGCCUGACGCACAGCAAAAAGGACAUUCUAGGCCGGAUCUUCGCGCACAAGGAGUACAAUGCUGCGCUGCGCAAGUUAAUACGGCUUCCUGCGCUCUUGGAAGACCUCAACAUUACUGUCUGGCACAAGAUCAUCGCGACGCGGAGCGACGAGGAAUUCUUGCACUACAUUUCUCGUAUACUCGCUACGUUCGACCGCAUCUGCGGCAGGCAAAGACGCUUAUGGGUCGCGCUUGACAGGGAAACCGUGGCGCGUGUGCGGUCCAGAUGUCCUGGCGCAUCGCUCAAUGACUUGAAGUACCUGGAAUGGCUAGUGCACGAAAGAAGUAUUUUUCCCACGGUUGACGAUGCCACCCGGCUAGAGAUCUGGGCAAGGCUGCGCGAGGUCAAGCACCUGAUCCCUACUCUAGGAAGCCUCCAGCAAGACUUCAAAUACAUAAGUGGCCCUGCUAUGGCGGUCCGCAGAUUGCUGAGUCCCGCAAAAAGUAGAAGAACGGGCCGGAGGACUUUGCGCAAUCUCGCAGAAUCGGCAUUUCUAAUAACGCGAAGCCAUGGCAAAGUUACCAUACAGAUUACGGACGACUCGACACAAGAGAUAGCCGGAGAUGCGGAUGCUCAGUUUGAGAUUGGCUUUCAGCAACUCUAUCUGUUCGCCGCAAGAGAAUCAUGGAGCCUAGUCAACGACCGUCCACGCAAAGAGCGGACGAGGAGAACACCUCCCGAGAGGUCUCCAGACCCUAUUGUUUGGCACAGCUUCGCCCAACUUGCCCACACUCUAGGGUUCGAAUCGUCAGAGAUUCAGCGACUAAGACAGAUGGACCCUUUCGAAGAGAAAGCCCGGCAGGUGCUUCUGGACAAGCAAGGAUGGCACUGCGAAGAUGCACGUGUACAACGGCUCUUGACGGAUGCGGCAACGCUAUAUCGUACAAAGAAUCACAACCCAUCAGCCCUGCGACACGAGCCGCAGAUGCUCGCCAAUGGGUCUGGCGAGCCUGUCAAUAGACGCCAAGGCCGGUGCUAUGAGAACGCAUACGAUCGAGACAAACAACACAUGUUCCUCAAGACUCUCUCUCAGCCCAUCGAUGGCCGCGCGGACUCAGUGACUUCGCUCUUCGUUCGAAGAUCAGUUCAUUAUGCUUUCUUCCCGUCCUGCGGGAUUGAGAGAGGAGCACCCGUUGUGCCUGAACCAAACGAGGGCACUGAAGAUAGCAGGACCGGAGAGCAGAACGAUGACAUCGAUAUGCCAGACGCUGCAGCGAUAAGCGGUAGCAGCGCAAGAGGAGACGAUCUUGACGCCUCCCCUAACCCUGAUGCAGGUUUGACAGAGACUUCACAAGAGGACGGUCCUUCCACACAUCGAGGGGUGAUAGACGAUCUGGUACCAACACCAGGCACCGCAAGCAUGGGUGCAAUGAAGAAGAGUCUGGUGAGAAAGCGCUCUGCUUCGUCUAGUCUUCCUGCAGGACUUCCGCCCCCCGAAACUUCAUCGGCCUUGCAGCUCGUCCAUGUCGACGACGACCACGACGACUCAGACUGGUCGAGAAAGCGACCUCGCACUAUUUAUGAUCUGGACACUGUCAACGGUCAAGGCGGUGAGCGCGCGAGCGGCGUCGAACUCGAGAGCAGCGGCGAGAACCAGAUGGUCGUUGGAUCUCCAAGCAUAUCGGCCACCUCUGGCAGGAGCACGCGGGAAGAUGCGCGGACUGAAAGCUCAAGUUCCACAAAAGUCACUAUCUGGACAAACUUCGAGGGUGGGGAAUACAAGGAGCUCGAGGGCGUCAAAUGCAACACUAAUGAGGCAGUCAUGGUAGUGCUUCAAGGGUUGGAAGCACAGUGCAAAUGCUUCCCUUCGACGAACACAGGAAGAGGAAUUGGGCAUGAUGAAUGCUAUGAAUUUGCAACAAGCUUGGGGGGCGCUAAUCGCGUGUAUGUCACGAAGCAUGAGGAGCUGUGA